AUGGGACCCACUGUUAGCAAUGUCUACCGCCCCUGGUCCUCCCAAGCACCAAGUGGUAGCAGCGCCUACCAGGUUAACGUGAAUCGAACAAAGACGAAAAAAUGGGUCGAGGCCAAGGUACAGAGCUACGACGGGGAUGAUUGGGGCGCGGAUGAAUAUGGCGAUGCAGAACCAGAGGAAGAGCUCCCGGCCUCUUGGCUCAAACCACCUACACACCCUUCCGGGUCGAGAGAAGAGACAUUCCCAUCGCCGACGACGCCCAUAAGUCAACCGACAUUGACACCUCUGGCUUCACCCAUCGUGGCCGGCCCGUCGGACACCGGCGUUUCUCGCAUUGAAGCCAAGAUGGUGUCGCCACAUAUCGUCGACUCUGCACAUGAUGUCCGCAAUUCACCCAACCAGUCAGAGAGGGCAGUUACUUCUCUAGCUCCUGGCUCAGUAGUUUCCGAGCAGCUAAAACCGCCGUCUUCCGUCUCAUCUUCAGAUGUCUACAGUCGCCUCGAGCCAAAUUCACCUAGUUCAGCUGAUGCCCGACCCGACUCCAGGGGCAGAGAAGAGGCUUUUGCUCUUGGAAACAGGCCUGAAAUGGCGAAUCAGAGUGUUGGCGACGACCGGCAGACCUCAGCUAGCCCCAAAUUGCCCGAUCUGGCCAGAAUGUCGGCCUUUGGGGAAGAUUUCUUCUCUACGGACGGUGUGGGCUCGUCCACAACCGAAUCUAUUACCGGGCUAGACGGAGAGUCGGCGUCUCUCACGAAUCUUUCAACUACCAAGGCUGAAGUGAUCCCACACGCUUUUCAGCUGGAGGAAGUUCUCCCGUCAACGGAGAAGACUGCUACAGUUGAAACUCCAACGGGAGGGCAUGACGAUAAGGACACGACUACAAGAGACCCAUAUCACGUCAAAUCACUGCCAGACGUAGCUUCAUCCGGGGGUGAAAAUGGAGACAGUGCAAAAGGGACCGAGAUCAAGACGCUUGCGUUGCCUACAACAGGCUCGGCGUCUCCCCCGCUGUCCGAGAUAGCCAGUUCUGCAUUGCAGCCUGACUCUGAGACGGCUGUAAUUGCUCCACUACGGACUCCUAGCCCUCGCGGUCCCUCCCGGCCAGCUCCGGAUACUUGGGAGAGUUCUCCAGAUGCUGCUGAUAGCACUCCAUCAGCAGGCACCAACCCAAUAGAGCGUCGGUCUGAGGCAGACUUCGAACCCAGCCCUGUCAGGCGUGAGACUACUUUCAGUGUGGAAUCUGUCAAGGACAACGAUAUGCUGAGUGAUGAGAUCAUCAAGUCGUUAAGCCCCACCAGCGGCUCUGCUCAGGAAUUCAACCGAGCUCCCAGCCAUAGUUCUCAACUGUCGAGCGUUCAAACCGGCAGGGACAGCAGCUAUACCCUUCGGGACUAUCGCAGUUAUUGGGCGGACACCGAGGCCAAGGCCAAAACGCUAGAGGCAUCUGCGUCUAUGGCCACAAUCGCGGAAGUUCCAGAUGCCCAAAGCGAGCCCGCUAGCCAAGGUACCGUCAUCGCUGUUGACAAAGCAGCCGAGCCACCCAUGUCCCCUCAACCUCCGUCAAUCCGCCGUCGAUUCUCUUGGGAAGCCGAGGAGUUGAGCUCGGCGCCAACGCAGCAAAGUCUCGACAUUUCCACGGCGCAACCGCACGGGCUGGUGGUUGAGUCGCUGGGACCGGGCGUGCAGUCCCAGGUCGAUAGCAAGCAACCAAAGGAUCUGUCGCUUGAUGCCGUCGGCGUUCUCCCCCAACUCUCUAGCGGCAGCAAGGGCCUUGAGCCUCCCGGCCAACAGACUGCGUGUGAAGAAUCGAGCCUUCCUUCUCCAGUUGGCGAUGACACUACUGCUGGAGCUCGUACUGAUACUGGGCCUUCGCUUAGCGAGGACACGGAAUCUGAGAAGACUGCUUCGGGCCUCCAUUUGGCCGCAAGGGGAGCUGAAGAUCAGCCUGUUGUCACCAUUCAGCCAUCUCCCUCCGCCACGCCGCCCUCAGUAUCCCCAGUUUCACAACAGGCCCAGCCGCAGACGAUGAGCUUCCGGGAAAUCAUGAGCCUGAAAAGUCCUAGCGAACGCAUUGCCAAGUUCAAUGAGACGCGAAACAUAUUUUCAUGGACAAACUCUGGGCUCACUGGUUGGCUCACUCACGUCAAAGCUCAGCAUCCGGACGUGUCACCGUCUGGGCCAUUGUUUGGCACGUCAGCUUCUCGGCAAGCCUCGCCGGGGGCUAAUGCGGCGACUAGCACGGCAGCAGGGCAGGCCGGCAGCCCUGCCCAGCAAGCGUACUACCAACAAUACCUUGGUGCCGGCUCGCCGACAGCCUCCGGCUCUCCUCCUAGCCGCUCUCGUCUUGGCGGGCUGCCACUGGCAACGCAAGCGCCCGGUAGUACAUUUGGACACUCCGGCAACCAGAUCGGAAGCAAAGGCAAAGAAUUCAUGCACUCGGCCGGAAAGAUGGGCAAAGGCUUGCUGAACAAGGGGCGGAGCAAAUUGCGUGGAACCGGGGACAAGGACGAAUCCUUUUCUGACCCGGGCGCUGAGCACGACAAGGCCAAGGCCGAUGGGCGACUGUCGUGGGGCCUGAUGCUUGGGUCGAAAUGGCGCCCUGAGGUGGCCGCCCCACCGGGAAAUGCCACGGCCGCCGGCGCGAGCAACUCCAAUGCGCAUGCCACUGCCACGCAACAACGCGCAUCACCGUCGAUGGCACCUCAGAUCCCCCCCUUGGCCCCUGCGGCGCCGCUGUCGCCGCUCAAUCCGGCGGCGCAGUCGGAGGAUAUUCCCGGGUGGAGAGAGGUGCCAGCUGAGUCUGCAACGGCCCGGCCGGUCGUGACGCCACGCCAUCCCGUCCCGCCCGCUCAGGCACAGUCCAGCCCUUUGCCGCGAGUCACUGCCGGGUUGAGCGGGCUGGAAAUCCCAGAGUCUCAGGACCGUGUCCGUCGGCAAUCCGACCAGCAAUCCGAUCCCGAUCUUCACCAAUCGCAGUCAUCCACGGCGCAUGUCCCUGGUGAUGGACGGGCGGCACUGAGCGAGCGCGAAGCGUCACCCAAGCGAGCGUCUUCCUUCAUUGGGCUGCCGCCCAUAAGACGCAGCUCAACGUUCGGGCUCUCUCCCAAAGCCAAGGCUCGGAGGGCCACUGAUCGAUUCCCUCUCGACGACGACGACGACGACGACGAUGACGAUGGCGAUGGUGCACCGUCGAGCCUGGCGCCGAAUGCCGACGCCCCGGCUAAUUCCUCGCAUGAGCAGCCCAGGUCUCUGCUGGCCGCAGCGCCUCGCCCUCAGGUCGACACUGACCGCGCUGCCCAUCCACAACCCACCAAGGAUGAGAAAGCUGCCACUCAUAUCCCUCAUGCAGAAGCGGCGAGACAGACACCGCAGCUUCAAGCACCGCCCACCAUGACCCCGAAGGAGCAAUUCCCAGCCAGAACACCAAUACCACACUCUCAAGGUCCCCGAAGCUCUCAGCCGUGGAUGCUCCCUGCCCAGAGGCUGCCCUUCUGCGGCCAAUGGAAAUUGGAGGAAAGCCGGUUGUCGGAGCCUCUGAAUCCCGUCUCGAGGAAUCGGCCUGGAGCUGGUGGUUGUCAGCAACACGUCAUGUAUGGCUUCGACAAAGAGACCGGAGUCGCACUUCCGGACCUCGCCCUGCCGCGUCCCGGCCAAGACCAGAUUCAUCAACCCCUGCAGCAUCCCAUCCCCAAUCCCACGGCACCACCCCCCCGUCAACGUUCUGACGUACCGCCAUCAUCAGCACAGAGAUGGCCUGAACUGUUUGCUCACCCCCCAGAUCAACGUCUAGCAUCAAACACAAGCAACGGCGGACAGCCAUACCAGCCCCCCUAUCAACCAUUCCUUGCUCGUAAUGAUGCUGUGACGACUAGAACGCAAGACAAUGAGUCUUCCAUCCGUGGUGCUGGUCCUGCCGGUGAAGAGCGCGGUCGCAGGAAUAGAAAUUCCGGCAUGUUCAAGGAUUUGGGGCAACGAAUCGCCGGGGCCGCAUCCAGGGAGCGUCGAAGCUCCGUGGACCAGCGGACGGUCACCAAAGAUGUCCUUGCGGACGAAGCGUCAGAGGUGAGCGUUGGCACUGGAAGCGAAGCGCCGGAGCGAGGCACACGGCGACCAAACUUUCUGUUUGGCCGCUCUGGUCGCUCAUCUUUAGACGCUGGCCCAGUACAGCAUUCCUGGGCCGGAAAAGAACAAACCUCACAGGAGGAGCAGCCCCCCAAGACUCCCCCCCAAGGGCGUAAAAGGCGGUCUUUCGGCGGCAAGCUAGUUCCAAGCAGUUUUUCAAAGUCACCCUCGUCCAACUUGGAAGGAGUCCAGGCUUCCGGCCGGGCUGUCCACCCGCCCGAGGACCUCGACGACGCCACUCCUCAGAAGAAGAGGUUUUCCGGCAUGUCAAAGGUUUCAAACUUGCUCAGUCGCACCAAACAUGAGGACAGACCAGGCUCUCCUGAGCCUCAGCUAGCGGCGGAGCCUUUGGGACCUCCUCUGCCUGCAUUCAAGCUUUCGGGGCGGCCAAGCACAGUCACUUCUACAGCUAGCUCUCAAGGGCGCAGGGCAGAUGAGAGGCCUGCCCGCCACCGGCGACGGCUUUCCAUGUCCGACUUGAUAUCAGGAAUGCUGGGAAAAGCUUCGGGUUCAAAAGCCGGAGUACCUGAUAAGCCUUUGGAUUCACGCGUGUCACCAAUAAGCAUGCAGUUCCAAAAUAUCGGAGACAUUCCAAGGCAGCGAAUAUCGCAAUCCGAGCAGCCUGAACGACGAUAUCCACACAGUCCGGAUCAGGUCAACAUGCCGCCUCGACUCGAAGAUGGGCAGGGCCUCCUCCGAACUGGUGAAUUCCGCACACCAUCCUCGCCAGCUGGAGAGCAAGCUAACGCACAGCCUCAGUCUCCGGUGAGUUUGCAACGGCCUGGAAUGCACCAAUCUUUCCAGCUUCAACUGCAGCACUUGCCCGCGGCGGGCCACUCUCAACCGCAACCUCCAGGUAUUGGUAAAGACCACCGACGAAGAGUUUCUGGAAGCGAUCAGCCACAAGGUCGGCGCUAUCUUGCUAGUGUUGGGCGCCCAUCCUCUGUUCCUACUGGGCAGUCCGGCUCCCAACAACCCUUCGGUCUCGUGGGGCAAAGGGACGAGAUGCAGCCUCCCGGCAUGAACGUUGAUGCGGCGAUUCGCUUGGUGAAGCCGCCUCACCCCUCUCCUCUAGGCCUGAUCCCUCAAGAGCUACACCAACAGGGGGAUUCUGCUCCCGCUUCGGAGCCCCGUCAACGGAUCGAUCAGAUCCUCGCCCAGCAACAGGAAGAGUCUCGAGUGCCACCUCCGGCUGGCGCAUCGCCGGACUGGCCGCAAGCUGUCUCCGUGAAACCGCAAGCUGCAUCUGAUCGCGAAGCGCACGGCAGCGGCCAUACUGACGGAGAGCUCAUUCGAACAUGCACCGUCUCCCCCGAUUCUUCCAUUGCAUCGGAUUGGAAGACUACAGAACAUGACGAGGAUGCGUACACAAGUGAGACUCGCAGGAAUGGCGCCAUUGAUCUUUCGGAUGAGCGCGACUUUAUUGUUGUGCCACAAAACAAGCAACGGCCCUUGGAAGAGAUGCCACAGCAUAAGCCGCCUGCGAACACAACCAGUCCUCAGCAGUCACGAGUUGCUAGAGAGACAAUGGCUUUAUCUAAGGAACCCCAAAGGGUUCAUACUACGCAGGGCCACGUCAAGGAAAACAGCCUUUCUUCUCAACAAGACACAAAGGCUGAACUUGACCAUGGCUUUUCCUGUCAGAUGCUGCAGCCCGCACAAGAAGCCAGGCUGCCGUAUCGUGACUUCUCCGCGCAUCCCCAGCAUAUACAGCCGACGCAACUCGAUCAACCGCAGUGGCCUCAGAAGAUACAGCAACCGGACCCGGAGAUACCGUCACAAGCUAAAACACCAACGAGUCCUCGGGGUCCUGCGCCGCCCCCACAGUCACAGCAGACGCAACUUUCACCAAAGGAAAGUCCGGGGGCCAGAUGGAAAGGCCUGACCAAGCGUAUGUCAGGGCAAUUGUCACAACUUGGACAACAAAGAACUGCCCCGGAGAGACUUGACAGAGCUGAAACUUCCACUGCAAACAAGCUCCUGGGGGCUUUUAAGAGGAACUCUAAGCAAGGCAACACUCAGGAGCCCAGACCAGCUCACGUGGGUGCAACAAAUCUCACAAUGGAUUCAUGGCACCACACGCACCGACAACCACAUCAAGAGUACCCAGGUCAUCAUUAUUUAAGAAACAACGAACAGCCCCGGCAGUACCAUCACUCGACCCCAAGCAACACCCCGCUGCAUCCUGGCCAGGUAUACGAUUAUCAAGCACCUUCAACGAUGACUAUCGCCGAGAAUCCGGCUCAGCAACCUCGGGCGUCGCAGUCUGAACCCGAGCCUCAACACGAUCAUGUUCCGAUUCCGAAGGGUUACGCAGCGGUUCAUGGAGAAGGAAUGGUCGUUCCAACAGCCUACCACCUUGGGCGACAUUUUCCUCCGGCGAAUCCGAUGCAGGUGCAACAACAGCCUCGGGAACAAACUCCUCGCCUGCCAGAACAGCAGCAGCAGCCACAGCAGCAGCAGCAGCAGCCGGCUUCACCUCUUGACUCUCAAUAUUGUUCCCCACGCCAAGAUUCGGAUUCUUACGUUGGAAUAGUUCAGUCGCCCCUUGCGCCCUCCCUGCCAUCUCCUGACGCGCAAUCGACAAGCCGGCGGUUGGACGAUGUGGAGAGCAACCCGGGCAGCAUUACGCCACAGGUGCCGUCGGGAGGCUCGUCGUCAGGAGCUGUACUGCAGAACCAGGCAAGCGAUUCUACGCAACGGCAACCGGAGCCGAGCAACCACUCUGCAACGGAUACCAGGUCGGUUUCGCCGCAGUCCCAGUCCCCCACCCCGCAGGUCGAGUCGGCAUUACAAACCGAACCUGCAACCGAGACAGGGGAGGACAAGGCCACGGCCAGGAACAUCAACCUUGGAGUUGAGACAACCAAAACUGAGCAACACCGCGAUGCUGGCAUGCACGAUUCCACUCCCAGGUUGGCUCAAGAUUACAACGGUGAAGGAUACGAGGCUCCCGGCGUAGGCCGAAAGGCAUCUCCGGACAGUCCAGAAGAGCAGACGAAUAGCCAAGGAGUCUCACGGACGACGACUCGAUUCACAGCCGAGUUGGAAGACACUGCAGGUGCCCACGAGCGUCGUGUCCGCCUGGCAUCUCAGGAAGAAAAGAUUUGGCUCGACCCCCAAGACGACCCCAAUUAUCAGCCGCAAAUGAGCGCAACGAGCUAUCCUGGUCAAGAAUGGAAUCCGUACGAAGACCCUAGCUUCCUCGAGGACUAG